AUGUAAUAAAUUGUAGAUAACAAUAUAAAUACAGCUGUUAUUUUUCUUACAAAUCCGGAUUGUCCUAGUUUUAAUAUUUUUCAAAUUUAUUGUGGAACUAUUGUACUCUUUAAUUAUGGAGAUCUCUUUGAUGUUAGCUACUUCAAUCAAUAUCAUGUUUUUUCUAGUAGAGAUGACUGUAUAUAAAAUAAAACUAUUUCCUAAAUAGUAGACAUUACAAAUGAGGGAGAAUUGACAUAAGUUACUUAAGAUAAAUAAAUGAAUUAUAUAGAGUUGAUGAACAGCAAUUGUUAUGAUUAAAACAGAUAUUGUUAACCUAAUGUAAAUUGUGUUAAGUGCUCUUAAGGUUUUUGCUUAUAAUAAAUCAAUUCAAUUUAAAAUAAUUGCUAUGACAUAACAUCAUUAAGUAAUUUUAUAGGUGUUACCGCAACAAAUUUUUGCUAGUACUAUCAAUAAAUAAAUAUUAACUGUUAUAGCUAGAUUGACGGAGUUUGUUAAUAUUAGUUAAAUCAGAAUUAAAAGAUGUGCACUUUAAUGACAUAAGAUCCUAAUAUUAUUGGGAAAACAAUCAAUAAUAACUGCUAUUUUAAUGGCUAUACUGCUGAGUAAUUAAAAUAUUGUGCACCAAAAUAUUGUAUUUUAUUUGAUAUUAAUGGAUACAGUUGCUAAAAUAUAGAUUUAAGUACUUUUAUAGUUGGCUUAGAUCCUAAUUUGAAUUGUUUGCUUCCUAAUUAAAACAAUGCUUAUAAAUGUAGAUAUGGAUAUUGCAUCAUAUAAAAUUCUUAAGGUUAUUUUUGUGUUUAGCUAAAUCCAAACAUAGAAUAGCAAAUGGCUAAAAAUAUUAAUAAUGAUUUUUGUCAGUCCAUUUAAUAAUAAACGGGAAACUCAGUUAACUGUGCGUAUAGUUACUGUUUGGAUCAAAAUUAAAAUUGUGUUCCACUUAGUAAUUAAGAUGGAUACAGAGGAAAGAUUUUUUUUACUGAUAGAUGCUCUGACUAUGGAGGUAGUGAAACUUUAAUUUAAUGUAUGAAAAGUUUUUGCAUUUAUAAUAACUAAUGUGUAGCCAUUUCAGGUAUAUAUUUAGGUAAGGAUGUUAAUUAAAAAUGCGUAACUAGUUUAUAAUGUACUAACUAUCCUAUUCCUUAGUUAACAGAUUGCUAAUUUAGUCUAGAAAUAUGUUUUAAUAGUUAGUUUAAUUAAUGUUAUUUUUUAAAUGAUGUUAGUGGCACUGGUUGCUCUUCAUAAAGUUUAGUGUAAAUGUAUGGAGUAGAUAUGGAUGGAAACUGUUUACAACAAUAUUAAAUGUAGGCGAUUAAAUGUUCCUCAGGUUUUUGCAUAAUCAAUAAUUAUUGUCAAAAAUACAAUAAUGAAUACGUUGGAAGAGAUUAAAACUACAGAUGCUUAAUUGAGGAAUAAAUAACAGCUGUUGAAUGUGAAAAUUAGUAUUGUAUAAUGAAUAUUGGAACAGAUUCUGCCUAUUGUACUAAAGUAGAUCAAUACAAUAAUGUUAUCGGAAUAUACAAGAGUAAUCUAUAAUAAUGUAUUACUAUAGAUUCGCCUAAUUAGCCAGCAUCAACAUGCGCAUAUGGAUAGUAUUGUAAAGAUCCUGUGACAUAAUUUUGCAUUCAAAUGUAGCCAGGUAUUUGCUAAUAUUAUGAUACUACUUGCAUAAUCGUAAAUAAUAACCCUUUAAAUCUUCCUUGCUAUUAAUGUGAUCCUUCAAGCUGUUUAAAUUAAUAUAAUUAAUGUAUUCAAAUCUCAAUAGAAAAUUAAUUUUGUGUAAACUAAUAUGGAUAUUGCUAAUUUUAUAAGUUAAAAAACUGUAAAUCAUGUCCUGACUAAACGUGCAAAAAUAAUAGUUAGUAAACAUGUGUUGAAAUGAUAAAUUUAUAGUUACUGUCAAAUUAGUGCAUAAUUAAAUAGAGACCUGAUGUUCCUUGCUUAAUUGUUGACACAAAUUAAUAUUUAAACUAAAUUUUGACUAAUCCUUCCUAUUCUAUACAAUGCACAAAUACUUUGAGGAUGUGCCAAAAUAUCUCAAACAGUUCUUAAUUUUGUUACUCUUGCCCAAUUAACUUUAUUUAGCCUGGAAAUGGAAAAUGCUACAGCUUAGAAGAAUAAUAGGAAGUCUAAUAUAAAUCAAAUUCCUUUUAUUCUUUUUUGAACAUAAUUUACAUUUCAGAGAGCUUUGGUGUUGAAGAUUCUUAAUAAUGUCCAUAGAAUUGUUUUUCCUGCUAAAGUAAAAAUGUUUGUACUAAGUGUUCUUUUAACUAUUAUCUUAUAGAAAUAAAUCCUUAAAAAAUAAUUUGCAUUUCUAUAAAAAACUUUUAGAGUAUUGAGUAUAAAUUAGACUAUAAUGAAAGCCAAUUCUACUAAUAAAAUAGGCUUUUUCUUUAAUGCACAUAAGAUGGAAUCAAUAAAGGAUUUAUAUAAGACAUAUACAGCUUUCCUUUAUCUGUUAAAUAGGUUUAAUAUUAUGACUACAUUUCUAUUAGGCUUCUUUUCUAAACUUCUUUAAUUGAUUGCUAGAAUUUCAUUUAAUUUGAAUUAAAUACAGAUAAUUAAAUAGUUAGCUUAGAAUUUUUAAAAUAAAUCAAUAUUUAUUAUUAAAUAUCCUAAAGCACAGUCUUAACCGAUAAAUUCUUUUAAUAUUUCUAAGAUAUUUAAUGUGACAGUUAAUGCAAUUAAUGCUUUUAUAAUUAAAUUUCCUAACAGCACUAAUGCUUAAAAUGUAAUCAAGGUUUUUCUUUGCAUUAUAGUGGUAGGUGUUUUUAAUGCCCUAAAAAUUGUUUGGAUUGUGUUUUUGGAGGAUUUUAUAACUAGCAAAAUAUUAAUUGGAGUGAAAUAUAGAACUUAUAUAGCUCUUAAUUCUUAUCGUAACUAUCUUCUGAAGAAUAUUCUUUAAGAUGUACUCAGUGUCAAUAAGGCUUUACAGUGUAAUCUACUUAUCAAGGAUGUGAUCCCUGUGGUUAAAAUUGUAAAUUGUGCUAUACAGGAAUGCCUAAUUAUAACCACUCUAAUUAAUUAAACUUUGAUCCUAACUUUUUGUCUGUAGCUACUUUAAUUUAUAAAUGCAUAGAGUGCUUGAACACUUCUUAUAAGUUUUUUGAUGAUGUGAAUUGUUAACAAACAACAAUUUAAAAUUGCUAAAUUGAAUAUAAUGUAGUAUAGACUGACUUUCCUUAUAUACUGAAUUCAAAUUCUUGGAAGCUUAAUAAUAAUGUUGCUCCUUACUGCUACUAAUGCACUUAAACAUACUUUAAUGUUUAGAAUUAAUUAUGCUUAAGAAGUAGAGAUACGUGUUUUAAUUAAAUGACAUAAUAUUACAAUUAAUGUGUAAGUAACUCAGUUAACAUAAAUUUAAAUGUUUUUACUUCUAAAUGCUAGAGUCUUUUAUUUUAAGACACUUACAAUUCAAAUCCAAUUUUCUGUUAUCAAUGCAAUUAAGACACAAAUUAAUAAAUUUAUUAAUGCACUAAAUGCGAAGAUAAUUAUGUAGUAACACUCUAAGGUUGCCUUCCCUGUCCAACUGGUUGUGUAGAAUGCUUUUAUAGUGAUGGAAUCAUAAAUUAUAGUGACCAAUUUACAUUUAAUUAGCCAUUUUAUUCUCUAAAAUUUCGUUAAAAUCUAAUUAAUGAUAAUAAAGCAUACUUAUUUUGUACCUAUUGCUAAGAUGGUUACUACUAUAAAGAUUAUAAAUGCAUUUAACUCCAGUGUGAUCAAACUUGCUAAUCUUGCCAGCUCUACAAAAAUUAAAUUUUUAAGUGUCUAUAAUGCAAUUAGUAAUAUUUAAUGUCGUAUGUUACCAAUAUUAUUGGCUAUAUUAGUUUGUUUCAUCUAUUAAAUGGUAACAGUGUUGUGGAUAUUAAUAGUAUGGUUAAUUUUGACUAAAAUCAUUCUGCCUGUCACAUGUGUCCCUACCCUUGCUAAGCCUGUGAGAAAGUUGGAGAAACAAAGGAUAAUCCAUUUAAUAUUUACAGUUCAUUGUGUAAAAAAUGUAAAGAUAAUUUGCCUAUUCCUUAAAUAACUCCUGAAAGUGAGAGAAGCAACUAUAAAUGGGUAUAUGAUAGCGAACGACAAAAAUGCUUGUUAUGUUUGAAUUCAGACCAAGGCUGCACUUAUUAAACAGUAAAACGAUAGAUUUACGCGGUUUGUGGUUCUAAUUCAGAUAGUAUUGGAGAAGGAACUAUAGGAAACCCAUUAAAUAUUCAAAGAUCUUCUGAAAUAAACUGGGAUAAAUUGAUAAUUAAUUAAUAAGAUUUAACAAAAUAUUUGGUGUUUUAUAAUGAAAUCUCAGUUGAAUUUAUUGAUGUAGAAUUAAUAAUUAAUCAAAAUGAUUGUAGGUUAUUUUAAAAGAUAUAAAUUAAAACUAGUAUUUCAUAGUAUAUUUUUGGACUGCAAAGAUUUUCUUUAACUAUAACAAACAAAGCUUAAUCUUAAACAACAUUAGAAUCAAGUCAGCCUAUAUAAAUAUCAGGAUUUACUCAUGUUACUUUUUAAAGUCUUUCACUGCUUACUUCUAGCCAAAAUUCAUAUUUUAUUUUAAAAUCCAAGGAUGUUGUUUAUUGUUCAUAAUACUAGUCUCAUAAAUAGUUUUAGGGACUAUUAAUUCAGAGUAGCAGUUUUUUAAAUAGAUCUAUAUUUUUUAAUAUUCAAUCAAAUUAAGCCAACAAAAGAACAUAUUCUAAUUGGAAUGAUGUAUCUAUUCAGAAUAAUGAAAUUGGUUAAAAUAGCUAAAUAAUCUCAUAUAGUUACUUUGUUAUUAAUUAAAUAAAUAAUUUAACUUUAUAAUUUAAUAAUUUUACAUGCUAACAACAAUAUUCACUCUUUUAACAAAAUUUGCUUCAGCUAUCUUAACUAAUAAUCAACAAUAACACUUUUAUUAACUACACAUUAUUUGAGGUGUAUUAAUAACCUAAAAUAGUUUAUACUGAUUAAUUCAACUUCUUUUUAAGCGAUAUCACUGUAUAAUAAAAUUUAAUUAGCUCAAGCAGUGGAUUACUUUUCAAGCUAAUUGGAAAUAGCAAAACUCUUGUUGACUAAAUAAAAAUAAAUCUUUUGAACGUGAAAGCCGAUAAUAUCUUUUUGACAAGUUUUAAUAGUGUACUUAUAAACAUUUAGUAUGCUAUAUCAUUUACUUUAAGCAAAUUUACUGUAAAUAACUCUUACUUUUCGAAAAUAUUAACUUUAAGAAACACUCAAAGUUUAUUUUUAAGUGACGGAGUUGUGACGGGCAAUCAAGCCUUAUAGUGUGAUUAAUUCAUAAUAAACAAUAUCAAUUAAAUUUUAGAAAUUAGUAAACUCUCAAUAAUUAAUACUUUAUCAAUAGCAACUAUUUUUAAAAUCACUAACACUGAUGCUUAAAAUCAAAGUUUAAUUAUUAAAAUUCAUGAUUUGAAAGCUGAAAAUAACAAGUUUAUUGUGAGAAAUAUUAUCAACAACGUUGGCAUGUUUAUUAUCAACAACAUUGAACAGGUGACUUUUUAGAAGGGGAAACUUACUAUAGAAAAUAUCAAUUUUACUGACAAUUAAACAGAAUUAACCACUCCUUCAUUAUAUCUUAUUUUUUUAGAUAUUUACAUUACGAAUGCUUAAUUCCUUACUCAGUAACCUUAACUUCCUAAUUACGAUUUAUAAGGAGGGUUUGCUUAUAUUCAAGCCGAUUCAAUAUAAAUUAUAGAUUCAUCUUUCAGUGGGUAAAAAGCAAUAAAUGGAGGAGCAUUAUACAUUUGUUUAACUGGACUUGGUUAACUAUUAAUCAGAAAAAGCUCAUUUUAAAGUAAUGAAGCCUUUAUUAAUAAUUAAAAUAGUAUGGGUGGAGCAAUUUAUAUUUAAACAAAUCUAGCUAAUUAUUUAGACAUAACAGUAGAAAAUAGCUCUUUUUAGAAUAAUUUUGCUAUAUAGGGAGCUGUAUUUUAUAUUGAAAAAACAAAUGUGAGCAUUUUUGCUAAUUUUAAUUAUGUUAAUUUUGAAGACAACUUCUCUCUAUUAUAAUCGAUUAUAUUAUACAUUAAUGGGAUUGAUUAUUAAAAAAUAAUGAUUAUACUACAAAAUUGUUAAGUAUUCAAUACAAUUUAAAAUAUGAACAAACAAAUUGUAUAGAUGCAAGCUACUUUAAGUUCUACUUUCUUAAAAAAUAAUGAGUACUACUACAUCUAUAUUAACUAAGGUGAAUAAGUGACUAUAACUAAUCUACAGUUUCAGUAAACAUUUUCUUUUUUAGACUAUAAUUUAAUCUCUUAAUAGAUCAGUUUACCUAUCCCUAUUUAAGUUAUUAACACACAAUCUUACUUAAAUACCUUUUCAUAAUAUUUAAUGACAACAACUGAUUAUGAAUUAAUCCACAUAGAGGCAAAUAAGAUUGCUCUAGAAAGUGUUAGAUUAUUUUAAAUAGAGUCUUUGCUUGAAAAAUAAUAAUUGAUCAAAUUUAAAGCAAACUCAAUUAAUAUUACAAACACAGUUUUAGACAGUCUUAGUUGUUCAGGGUGUGCAUAUGGUAAUCUAAAUCUUGAAAUCAGUGGAGCAGCAUAUAUUUAAAAUUCUUUCUUUAAGAAUAACAUUUGCCAAAAUGGAGGAGGAAUAUAUUUGUAAUCAUCUAUACCAAUACAAAGUUUAACCAGCAGAUUACUAAGCAAUGAAUAUAAUCCUAUAAAAAUUGUACAAAUGUUUUAAAACGCAUUCCAGAAUAACACUUCUCUCGGUAAUGGAGGAGCAAUAUAUGCUAAGAAUGUUGAAAUGAUAAUAUAAAAUACUAAAAUUAAUGAUAAUAUAGCCAACAGUUUAGGUGGAGGAAUUUACAAUGAUUUAUAGAUAAGUCUAUUAACUGAUUAAAUACUAAUAAAUUAAUAUCAACUUUUCAAUAUUAAUUUAUAAAAUACUUACAUCAUUUAAAACAUAGCACACUAUGGAGGAGGAGGAUAUUAUUCUUAUUUCAACCUACCAUAGACUCAGAACAACUUCAUAUUAGGUAACAAAGCAUAUUAAUUUGGGUCUGACGUUGCAAGUUUUCCUACAUCUUAUUAAGUUUACUAUAAUAACAUAUUAGUAAAAUAAAAUGAUACUGUAAUAAUUCCAUCAUCUGGAUAAGUUAAGGGUUUUUUUACAGUGUUUCUAAUGAGCAGUAACAAAAAUCAAAUUUAUAAAACUAUGUCUAGUGAUAAUAUAACUUUAUAUGUUAGUAUCAUAAAUAGUGACCAAAAUAGUAACUAUAUUCUCAGGAGUAAUAAAAUUACAUUUAAAGACAAUCUUUUUGAUUUGAGUGAUCUUGAAAUAUAUGGCAAAUUCAGUUAAAAAUUUAGAAUCAGUUUAUAUUGUGAUUAAGUCAAAUAAGCUAUUUAUAAUGAAUAAGGAACUAUAUCUUAAAUCUUAAAGAAUAUAACAUUUUAAUUUGAAAUACAAAUAACAAAUGAAUGUUAAGUAGGAUAUAAAAGUAAUUAAAUUAAUAAUACAUACGAUUCCUGUGUAGCCUGCUAAUAUUAAACUUAUUCUAUCAAGCCUGGAUAAUUUAUCUGCUAAAAAUGUUAUUCUAAUCAAUUUUAAUGCUAAUUAAGCAACAUAGGCUUACCAGAUGGAUAUUAUAGGCUAAAUAAUAAUACAGAUGUUAUUGAAUAUUGCAGUGAUUGGCCUUAAAACUGUGUUGGAGAUAUUUCAAGAGAUAGUUCUCUCCUUAAUACUUAAAGAUCUGGUAAUUGGAAUAUAUACUACUGUGAAGAAGGUAACACUGGUGUUUUCUGUUUGGACUGUGAUUAUUUAGGCAAAUAUUGGAAUAAAUCAUAUAUGAAAUAUUAAUAAUACAGCUGCUAAGAGUGUAAUAGUUAAAAUAUAAUGCUGAGUAUAUUGGUAGCAAUUAAAUAAUAACUAAAGAAUAGUAACUUUUAAAAUUUUUAUUUGCUAUUUUCAAUUGCUUUUUUUGAUAACAUAACUGCAGCUACAGAUCCCUUGGCCAUUUACAUUUAUACUUACUUUUCUAUCAAGAUAAAAUGA